UGUCGUUUGGAUGGUUCAACACCAGUCAUGGAACGUUCUCUCGUAUUUGUAUCAUUGAGGAUGUUUCAUGAAAGAGUUGAUCCAAUAUUGAUCGAAUAUUUCAGUCAGCAAAUGAUCAAUACGUUCAAUUCAUCCGAGCCAAAUUUAUUCAUAUUUCUGCUGUCAACAAAAGCUGGUGGUUUGGGUAUUAAUUUAACGGCAGCGAAUCAUAUCAUUCUUCACGAUAUCGAUUUCAAUCCGUACAAUGAUAAACAAGCCGAGGAUCGUUGCCAUCGAAUGGGACAGGAGAAGUGCGUUGUUGCAUUUUGUUUAUUUUGUGCUUUUCCUUUUGUUUUCUCGUUUCGUUUUCCCGAUUGUCUAUUGUUUUUUGCAUAA